GCGUGAAAGUUAUAUAUUUAUCAUUCAAAUCCACUAAUGACGUCGAUAAAAUAUAAACAUUAAAAGAAUCAUAUCGAAUGUUGUUUAAGUUUAUGCCUCUAAAUUACCUUAUUUCGUCGAUUAUGUCCCUUUUGACCAACCAAAAUCAACAGACAAUUUUAUCUGAUCAAACUGAAGGUGAAGAUUCAAGUGUUUGGAAAAAAUCUCCUGAAACUAAUGAUGAAUGUUUUUCUGUAUUAGAUGAGCAUGAUAAUCCAUCUGAAACCGAAAACAAGGAUACAGUUCCAUCGCCAAUUUCUCAUGAACAAAUUUCUGAAAUUGUCUUUGAUAGACUUAUGAUUAAGGCCAGAAAAUCGAGACUCAUUGCUCAAAAGCGUGAAAAUUACCUCGCAUAUUGUGUCUGGAAUGGCUUUAUAAGCUUGCACAUUUUCCUUGUUCCAUGCCUGGCUGGUUUGGCGAUUGUAAUCACUAUGUUGUUUCAAAAUGGUGAAGUUUGUCUUGAUCUUGAUCUAAAGGAAUGGAAGCAGAGCACAGCGAUUGCUCUCUUUGGACUGGCCCUAGUUGUAGGUCUACCUUUUCAUCUUUUGGCCUUAACCAGACUUGAAAAUGCCAUUUAUGACACCGAGAUUCAGGAAAUCGAUGAUGAUUUAUCAGAUGAUGAUUUGAUUAUUCUGGAUUCGGAUCAGUAUGAGGAUGAGGAAAGUUCAACCUCUUUGGCUGAGGGAGACAAUAUUGAAAAAGGUCCUACAUGGAUGCUAUAGUUCAUUUUGAAAAAGUCGCUACAUGGA